AAAAUGUUUGUUAAACAUCAUUGCUGACUGAGACUCGGUCAAUGUAAGCCUGACACAUCGGAGUCGUUCACUGAAGGUGGGAUUGUGGAGUUUUCGUCACAAUGCGCUUGUCGAAAGCUCUGAUAGAAAUGGAUUUGCCAGAUUACACCGCUGCCUUGGAUCCUGCUUAUACAACUCUGGAGUUUGAGAGCAUGCAAGUGCUGGCAAUGGGUAAUGAGACAUCUCCAUCUGAAGUCACCAACAUGAACGUGUCCAACAGCCUCGGUGUUGGUGCUCUUUGCGCGAUCUGCGGUGACCGAGCUACAGGGAAGCAUUACGGAGCUUCCAGCUGUGACGGCUGCAAGGGCUUCUUCCGACGAAGUGUCCGAAAAAACCACAUGUACACUUGCAGGUUUAACAGACAAUGCAUUGUAGACAAGGACAAACGGAACCAAUGUAGAUACUGCAGAUUAAAAAAGUGCUUUCGUGCAGGGAUGAAAAAGGAAGCUGUGCAGAAUGAAAGAGACAGAAUAAGCACGAGAAGGUCAAGCUACGACGACAACAGCCUGCCUUCAAUAAACGCACUCAUACAAGCAGAGGUUCUAUCUCGACAGAUUUCUUCGCCUGCAUCAGUUAUAAACAGUGACAUCCGAUCUAAGAAGAUUGCAGUGAUAAGUGACGUGUGUGAGUCUAUGAAACAGCAACUGUUGGUGCUGGUGGAGUGGGCCAAAUACAUCCCAGCUUUCUGUGAGCUUGCGCUGGAUGACCAGGUUGCUUUAUUACGAGCCCACGCUGGGGAACAUUUACUACUUGGAGCUGCAAAGCGUUCUAUGAUGUACAAAGAUGUUCUGCUCUUAGGGAACGACUACAUCAUUCCACGCAAUUGCCCAGAGCUGGAAAUAAACCGUGUGGCAACUAGAAUUCUCGACGAACUAGUCCAGACGUUUCAGGAGAUCCAGAUAGAUGACAACGAAUAUGCUUGUUUAAAGGCCAUUGUUUUCUUUGAUCCAGAUGCCAAGGGUCUCAGUAACCCAGCCAAGAUCAAGCGCAUGCGGUUCCAGGUACAGGUCAGCUUGGAGGACUAUAUCAAUGACAGACAAUAUGACUCCCGAGGACGAUUUGGAGAGUUGCUGCUAUUGCUGCCCACUCUACAGAGUAUCACCUGGCAAAUGAUCGAGCAGAUCCAGUUUGUCAAACUCUUUGGAAUGGCUAAAAUUGACAACCUGCUUCAAGAGAUGCUUCUGGGAGGUACAGCAAACGAGACACCACAUACACACCACUCACUACAUCCUCACCUGGUCCAGGAACAUCUAGCAAGUAACGUAAUAGUGACCAGCACAAUGCCGGCCCCUGUGCACAAUGGGCAGAUCUCGACACCGGAAACACCUUUGCCAUCUCCUCCCGGAGGUUCAGCUUCAGAGCCGUACAAACUGGUAUCAGGUUCUCUCCCAUCAGUAUCAAAACCACCAGUGCCCAUUCCGAAACAGGAAAUUAUUUAACAUCUCGCCUGCACUGGUGGGAAACAUCGAAAGGCAAAAUUAAGAAAUAAAUAACUCUGUAGAUUUUCUACACCAAGAGGACUGCUCGAUGAGAAUGUUAUUUCAAUGAGGACAAUGUUCUAUUUUUACUCGAUGAAGCAAUUAAAUCCAACAUUAAGCAAAGGUAGAUGUUUAACUGGCUGUCAGAUAUAUAUUGUAUCCCUGUGUAUUCAAAAGACUAAUGUGGAAACAUUGGCUCGAUUCAUUCAAUUAUUUAGGAUUCCACAUGUGUAUUGCCAACUAUUUCUUGCUUCUUAAGGGUUGAUUUUAACUCUGUCCACCAAGUGGAUAAAGUGGAGCAGACUUUCGAUGAAUUAUAAAUUUAAAUAAUAUUAUUAAUGGCAUAGUGUUCACCCCAAGUUCCUAAUGUUCCAGCCAUACGUAGGCUGACCUAGAACAGUGUGGAUUAGUGUUCAUUUGAAGGCAGAUGAGGGCAUCAUAUUCAAAGAUCAUGGACUGAAUGCUAAUUUAACUGACAACUUAAGAGUGCAAUGGGCAGUGAGGUAGCUUGGAUGAGACAGGUUUCAAAAUUGAACCUCUUUGGUGCAGCAGUAGAUUUGAUGCCUCACAGUGCCAGCUACCCGGGUUCGAUCCUGACUACAGGUGCUGUCUGUACGCAGUUUGCACAUUCUCCCUGUGACCGCGUGGGGUAUCUCCGGGUGCUCCGGUUUCUUCCCACAGUCCAAAGACGUACAGGUUUGUAGGUAAAUUGGCUUCUGUAAAUUGUGCCUGGUGUGUGGGCUAGAGCUAGUGCACGGGUGAUCGAUGCUCAGCUUGGACUCGGUGAGAUGAAGGGCCUGUUUCCAUGCUGUAGCUGUGAACUAAACUAAACCCUCCUACACUUUGCCAACCCAGCUCAGUGUCCAUACCUUCAAUUAUCACCAACCCUGAAUCAUUUCCCCAGACCCCUCUCUUGCUGGUCUCAGCUGUCAGCUCAGUCCUCACUUCCACUGGUCUUUGACAUAGCUCAGUCCUGAAAUAUUCUUUCGAGAACUUGGUGGUUCAAAGCCUAACCUGCUGAUGGAGCACCCUUCCACAUUCAUCGAACCCCGUAUAACAUCUCCUGCGCUCCACCCACAGUCCAGGCUAAAAUCAUCCUUUUACUUUUACAAUUGAACGUGAUUGUACAAAUUCAAGUUGUAGUAUUGUAUGUGGUAAUCACGACGCCUAGAACUUGAACUAAAAACAGCGAAAAUGCUGGAAAUACUCAACAGGCCAAGCAACCAGCGUCUGUGAAGAGAGAAAUAUUGUUGACAUUCCAAAUCGAUGAGUUUUCAUCAGAACAAAAAGAAGGAAAAGUCGGGAACAAACGAUUUACAUGUUGGAGAAAAGGGGGAGAAAUAGAGAAAACAUUGGUUAUUAUUGUCACAUUCACCAAGAUGCAGUGAAAAGCUUUUGUUUGCCUGCUAUCCAUUUCAAUGAGAUAAUAAUGUACAUCCUAUACAACCAAGUCAAAUACAAGUAAAUGUGUACACAUAGACAUA